UCAUGGACRCACUYGCAUUCUGCCAUGCCAUCAACCGRCGAGAAGAGCAAUGGCAUGGACAGUCGGUGGGCAGUGUACGGCCAAACGGCGAGUGGCCAUCGUCYGMCUAGUGAGGGAGUAUCGAGCRUGAGGCCUCACGGCAAUGACGGGKGAGCAUYGGUGCARGAUUCCGGUCGUCGACGAUCGAGGAAMGAAUCUCCCACCCAWYGAGACAUGCRAGACAUUCCURUGUCACCUACCRUCAGAUCGUCGAACCUUUCUCCGCGAUGCGUGGCCGACGUGGACGGUGGUGAUGAUGACAUGGACGGUGAGCAGCCGACAAUCAGCAGGCCAAGCGUGGAGGAGGGGACGCGAGCGCCAUUACCGCGGCCAGACAAGAACAAGCAGACGAGGCCUUGGGUUUUGGAGGAGAAAGUCGACCUUGCCGAAUGCAUGCGGGAGGAUGACGCGCUUAUGGCAGCCGCUGAUGGCAACCACAAGUGUAUGAAACUUUCAGAGAGAAAUGAGUGGGUGUCGAAGAGGAUGGGGGAGAGGGGGUGGAGGAGAUCGACCGAGGACUGCAGGAAGAAAUGGUCGGAGUUAACGAGCAAGUUGAGGGUCAUCAGGGACAAGUGUGGGGCAUCGGGCAAACCCUCGUAUUGGGAGAUGACAAGGGAGGAGAGAAAGAAGGAGGGGAUGUUCCUUGCCUUCGAACAGCCUGUUUGGGAGGCCAUGGCUUGGUACAACAACUUGUUGUCGCUAAGGUGUGAAAAUACGCUCGCCUCGAGUGCUUUGCAGACAGGGGAGGGAGGGAGCUCUGGUAAAGGUACACCGGAAGGGGGGGGGACACCUCAAGGCGGAGGGACAAUGCAAGCAGGGACGACAACAGCCGACGGGGCGUCAGAUGCCCGUCCAGCAUCAGCAGGGGGCAGGACAUCAGAUGGGCAGGGAACAUCGCAGGGGGCAGGAACCUCUCGACGAGGAGGGACGGACGAGACGGAGAGCGCACGAAAGACACGCCGCACGGGCGGUGGGAAAGGUCGGGUUACAGGAGAGAGCGGAUCAGCGGUUUCAAGCAUCGCCGAAGCAAUGCAUGUGUCGACGCGGGCGUACUGUGAAGGACUGGACAAGGCGUUGGACAGGGCCGCUGGUGUGCUCGCGAAGGCGAGCACCGAAGGAACGAAUGUUGUCGCUGGCAGGAUAGGUGACAUGGCCACCCAGAUUGGCGAGGUGGCGACCUUCAUGCAUAAGGGAAAUGCGGUGCUGGAGCUGCUGGUGGGUGUCAUGGCACGACGAGGGAACAGCAACGGCGGGCGGUGAGGAGACAAUGUCGGUUAGCGGCGUAG